UGUCUCCCCUAGGUCAGGUCAAAGUCCACCAUCGUACCGCAACUCCUCAAUCCUCAAGCAAACAAACAGCUACGAGAUGGCCGCCCUCUGCCGACAAACGCUUCCAGGUUUUGCCCGAUCUACUGGGCUACGAUGUGUAGGAACAUCAUCUGGGCAGUUUCAACAGGCUGCUGCUGCUGCUCAGACUCAGAAGAAGCAAAAAACUUUAGCCCGCCCAAAUGUGAGGAACAUUGUUCUUGUUGAGGGUGUUCGGACCCCAUUUCUCCAGUCUGGAACGCAGUAUAAAAACUUAAUGCCCCAUGACUUGCUCCGACAUGCUAUGAAGGGGCUGAUCAAGAGGACAAGUGUUCCUACAGAUGCGGUGGACUACAUCGUCAUGGGCACUGUGAUCAUGGAGGUGAAAACAAGCAACAUUGCUAGAGAGGCUGCCCUGGGUGCUGGUUUCUCCGAUCGUAUCCCAGCCCACACUGUCACUCAGGCUUGCAUUUCUGCUAACCAGGCUAUCACCACAGGCGUGGGGCUUAUUGCUGCUGGCCAGUGUGACGCAGUGGUUGCCGGUGGUGUGGAGUUCAUGUCCGACGUCCCGAUCAGGCACAGCCGCAAGAUGCGUAAAAUCAUGUUGGCGUCGACCAAGGCGAAGACCCUCCCCGCCAAACUGCAGCUCCUAGGACAGGCUCUGAGUCCGGCUGCCCUGGUGCCCGAGUUGCCUGCUGUGGCAGAGUUCUCCACUAAUGAGUCUAUGGGGCACUCUGGUGACAGACUGGCCGCGGCCUUCCAGAUCUCUCGGCGGGAGCAGGAUGAAUUUGCUGUGCGCUCACACACCCUCGCCAAAGAGGCCACAGAAAAAAACUUUCUCACAGAUCGCCUUGACUACAAAGUACCAGGAGUGGCAACACCAGUGACAAUAGAUAACGGAAUCCGGCCAUCUACCAUGGAACAGAUGGGGAAACUGAAGCCAGCCUUCAUCAAGCCCCACGGGACAGUGACAGCAGCCAACGCCUCCUUUCUCACUGACGGUGCCUCAGCUUGUCUUAUCAUGUCAGAGGAGAAAGCUUUGGCCAUGGGCUUCAAGCCAAAGGCUUACCUGAGAGACUUCCUCUAUGUGGCACAGGACCCCAAAGACCAGCUGCUGCUUGGCCCAGCCUAUGCCACCCCACGUAUUUUGAAGAGGGCAGGCCUCACCCUGAAUGACAUUGAUGUUUUUGAAUAUCAUGAAGCUUUUGCUGGACAAAUUCUGGCUAACCUGAAAGCUCUGGACUCUGAAUUUUUCGCCACAAAGUACAUGGGACUUUCUGCCAAGCCCGGAGCCCCACCCAUGGACAAGUUCAACCUGUGGGGCGGCUCACUCUCGCUGGGGCAUCCUUUCGGAGCAACCGGCGUGCGAUUGGUCACAACAGCUGCCAACAGACUUAUCCAAGAAGGCGGUCAGUUUGGCCUGGUUGCAGCCUGUGCUGCCGGAGGACAUGGCCAUGCUAUGCUUGUGGAGCGCUAUCCGUCAUAAUAACAGCAACAACCUCCAAGGGGAUUAAAUGUAACUGAGUGAAGUGGUGGAUUGAAAGCUGAAGUUGCAGACUGUAAAUGACAUUACAGUGACAUCUACUUUCUACAUAAUUGAGAUUUUGUGUUUCAGUUUCAGAAAGCCAAGGACUUUUUCUACUUGAUCUCUGGAAUGACUUUAGACUUUCUGAUUUUGUAUCUCUCACGUUUUCAGACUCAACACUAAAGUGUAUUGAGUUUUUUUUUGUUUUUUUUUUCAGUAAGUUCUUUAAUAAUUUUUUCAUUGACUUGAAAGCAUAGAUGAAGACUCACUGAGGUUUUUUUUUUCUUGCUUGUUUUUUUUUCUUGCUUUUUUAAAAAGGGAGGGGCGGUCAUAAACAAUAAUGUUGAUGGACAUUGGAACAUCUUGUCGUGAUAGCAUAACUGAGCUGGACACACUAAUAAGUUAUGUCAUUCUGUUGUGAAAUCUGAGUGGUCUUGAUUACCACAUACAAGAUAAAUGUAACAAAAUAUUUUGUUGUCUCUCAAUUUUGUAAGAGGAUAAAUCUGGUAAGUGGCAUGCUUGUUUGUUGGUAAUUCGUCUGUAGAUUUCAGAUGAGUUAAAAUACAAAUGUGUUCCUUCCUAUUUGGUUGGUAAACUUUGUACAGCUUUUUCAAUCGGCCAAAGGGUUGUUUGAGCGAUGCAAAGUGUGUGAUGUGCUCAGGGAAGAUCUUUGUGUGUACUGUAUGACAGGAAGUUUGAUUGCAGAGCACUUUAAUGACAGUUUACUUUAAAAUGUUUUGAUACUUGGCUGUGUCUUGUUGUGUACCUGAGAUUUUGACCUGUGUAAUCAGUCGGUGAUUUCAUUCCAUUGUAAUUGUAACAGAUUAAAUUGGGGAUGAUUGUUUUCUAUUUUCUGUUUUGAUGGUUCUAACACACAGCUGUGUCUAUUUUAUCACAGAAUUUGAAUAAAUCAUAGCAUAAGGUUUGUGGUCAAGAUAUUGCAGGAGCUUUUUAUAGUCAUUAAGUAUUUAGCUAUGCUUGUAAAAAUCUGUACUUUACUGUAACUUAUCUUGAAUGAGAGGGUGUGUUUUGCUUUGGGUUGGGGCGUAAAUCUGAAGACGGAUAUUCUACAUUGCAUGACCAUGCAAUUAUUUUCAAUAAUGACCCGCAUUUUGUAGGGUUUGAGAACAGAUAAGUAGUAUUAAAGUGCUUUCUUUGUGUGAACCGUUUAGAUUAAGUACUGAUACUGAGGUAAAUCUAUGCGUAUUGUGUGUGUAUUGUUGUGAUACCAAGCCUGCUUUAGUGAUGUAAUGUGUUUGUCUCGUCCCCAAUGAUCAACACACAAUUGCAAACUAUGAAUAAAACUUUUUGAAAUAAA